AAUGAAACCAAAUCUCAAGCUGUCAUCAAAUUCUGGGAAGACAUUGAAAAAAGAAAGCUCGGGAACAAAUUAUUUUCUUUACACUUCAAUGGAUUUGCUGAACUGGUCGGAGAUAGAAACGAUUUAAUUCCUAAAUCCAAAGAAGAUCGACUCCAAGAUGUUCUGGUCGAAAAUAGAAAUGAUUCAAUCCCCAAAUCUAAAGAUGAUAAUCAAGAUGAAUUGUAUACAGAGGGCUUUAAUAGUGAUGAAGAACAAUCCGAAGAAGAAGAAUAUUUUGCAGACAUUAUCGACCUUGAUAAUGCAACAGAACAAAAGAGACCUCCAUUCUUUACAGUUGAAGA